CUAUGCGAGUCAUGUCAAACGCUAUGCGAGUCAUGUCAACCACUAUGCGAGUCAUGUCAACCACUAUGUGAGUCUUGUCAACCACUAUGCGAGUCAUGUCAACCACUAUGUGAGUCAUGUCAAACAAUAUGUGAGUUAUGUCAAACACUACGUAAUCUUUCAUGUCAACCACUAUGUGAGUCAUGUCAAACACUAUGUGAGUCAUGUCAAACAAUAUGUGAGUUAUGUCAAACACUACGUAAGUCAUGUCAAACACUAUGUGAGUCUUGUCAAACACUAUGUGAGUCAUGUCAAACACUAUGUGAGACUUGUCAGCCACUAUGUGAUCUUUCUUGUCAACCACUAUGCGAGUCAUGUCAACCACUAUGUGAGUCAUGUCAAACAAUAUGUGAGUUAUGUCAAACACUACGUAAGUCAUGUCAAACACUAUGUGAGUCUUGUCAAACACUAUGUGAGUCAUGUCAAACACUACGUAAGUCAUGUCAACCACUAUGUGAGUCUUGUAAAGCACUGUGUGAGUCAUGA